AGGCCAUCAACAACAUGAAGAAGAUCACGAAGGCGAUGAAGAUGGUCGCCACGGCCAAGUUCAAGAAGGACAUGAAGAACAUGGAGAACGGGAUGCCCUUUGGCAAGCCUGUGCUGGACUUGAUGGAGAGGCUGCCCCGGCAGGAGAAGGCGGGGCCCAUCACCUACCUCGCCGUCACUUCCGACAAGGGCCUGUGCGGCGGCGUGAACUCGGCGGUGGCGAAGCAGGUGCGGCUGGGCCUGGCGGACGAGGAGGCCAAGGGCAACGCCGCGAAGAUCUUCAUUCUGGGAGGCAAGGGAGUGUCCUCCAUGAAGCUCAAGCUCGGGGACCGGUUCAAUUACUCGUUCGAGGAGGCGAGCAAGAUGCCGUGGACGUUCGCCACCGCCUCGCUCGUGGCCGAGCGGCUCGUGGCCUCGAAGCCUGCCCGCCUCAAGAUCGUCAGCAACAACUUCAAGUCCAUGGUGGCCUACGACACCACCGUCAAGCACACGAUCACUCUGGAGGAGGCGCAGACGAUGGACAAGGCAGAGUGGUCCAAGGCGAUGGACGUGUACUCCUUCGAGCCGUCCAUCUACGAGGUGUGGGCCGACCUGCACGAGUUCUACUACGGGUGCGCGGUGUAUACUGCCUUCCUGCAGAGCUCCACGACGGAGACGGCGCAGCGGAUGAGCGCCAUGGAGAACGCCUCGAAGAACGCGGGCGAGAUGUACGAGAAGGUCUCGCUCAUGUUCAACAGGGCGCGACAGGCGAAGAUCACCACCGAGCUGUGCGAGAUCAUCAGCGGCGCCUCGGCGGUGUAGGCGGGGCACCUCUCUCCGCAGAAGGCUGCGACGCGCCACCACGAUGCACGGCCAGGGCCCUCCCGCGGAUGGUGCACACUCCCUCUGGGCCCCGGCCCAGAAGGGCGUCCACACCUCGCCAGUGCCCAGGAGGACCCCGGGCAGGCCUUGUGGUAGUGCCCCGGCGCCUUCUGUGCAUCCCCCGCUCCGCCCGUUCUCUCCCCGCUCCCGCCCCCUGCUGCCAGGGCCCAGGAUGGCCCUGGGCAGGCAUUGUGGUGGUGCAUCGGCGCCUUCUGUGCGUCCUCCGCUCUGCCCUCCUCCCCGCCCCCCUCCGCCACAGCCCCCCCCCCCCGGUCGCUCCCCGUGCCUGGCGCAGCGGGGCGGCGGCCUCCUGGCGGCGCGCGCAGCUCUGACAUAGGUUCAUCCGGAAAACAAGACGCGACGAUGCCGCCGCGCGGAUCCUGAGCAGCAGGCUCCUGCACUCUCCCGAGGCGCGAGCUGCGUGCUCCAAGCCACGGGGCACCUGCCGCUGCCUGCAGCCGGCGUGGGGGGCAAGCGGGCAUGCAGUGCUGGACGCCUCGCGUGCGCCCCCCCCGGGCCCGUCCAGAAACCUC